UCCCUAACCCUGCAUUCACAUUGUACUUCCAUCGGUAACGACUGCGGAAAGGCCUAACUCUCAUUCAAUUUCAUUUCAGUGUUAUGGUUACUCCUCACCGAGAGUGAGCUCGGUUUGUUGCUAAAACGUGAAGAAUACCCCGAAAGGAUGGAUGUACAUGGAGUUGCGGCGGGGCAGGGCGGCGGCCUGAAAUUGAUUCAGGAAGCGGCUGCGGAGUCAUUGAGCAGAACUUCAAAGAACAUCGACGAGCUAAGUGUUCAUAUGGACCAGUUCCUUUCUGUCUGCGACGCUGAUACUCUCUCUCGAAUGAACCCUCUUGACAGGGCCCACUCUCUCCUCUUGCUGUCCAAAGCCGCCACCAUUGCCUAUGCAUUGAGGUUGAGGUGCAAAGGAGUGAAUCCAGAUGACCAUCAUGUAAAGUCUGAGAUUGAGCGGUUAAGCUUGUACCAAGAGAAAGUGCAACGUUCUUUGGAAAUGCAUAGAGCACCACUGCGCCCCUCAGCCACCAUCAAUUCACAAGCAGCGACUCGGUUUAUUGAGCAUUCUCUACCGGACUUAACACGAGAGCAGAAGCAGAGUAUGAAAGAGAUCAGCAAAGGUGAGGUGACACGGAUUAAAUAUUUGGAACGAGCUGUCCAUAAGAAGAGAAAAUGCCAACCGUGUGAAAGACAAUCUGUUCGUACUGCCGCCCAGGAAUUUCUCGAGAAAGCCAGCCGCGAACUUCUUGCCGACAACAAGAGUGCGUUUAAGGGACCCUUGCACCCACCUCAGGAUUCUGAUGAAGAUAUAUCCAUGGGAUAAUCCUCUGGAAGUCUGAAAAAGAUUGUGAAUAAAGGUCAAAUGGCUCAAGAGAGGUAGACUCUUAUCGCAAGAAAAAAGCUGUAGCGUUUGAUACAAGAAAGGUUACCUGUGGGAUAAUUUUGUGUAUUAAUGUAGUUGCUUGGAAGCUUGGUCUUGCAGCGGGUGAUAUGUAAUUCUUAGCGUAUAGGUUUGGCAGCUUUGAACAAUUUAGUUUGCAGACUAAGUGUAAUUUUUCAGUUGUGAAGACGGUUUUUUGGCAAUAUUAGUGUUACUUUUAAGCUUUUAGCCUACUAAUAUGGAAGACUCGAACGUUUGUUACAUUAUAAUGAAAAAUUUGUAGUCUAGCACAUCAUUAGUUUGCAAGUCAACCCUUUACGAAGUAUAUGCGUGGAAAUGUGGAAUACGAAA